AUGGGACUCCUGGCCAGAGUAGCAGGUAACAGGCAAUUCUCUACCACGAGAAAUGUUGCCAAGAAAUUGAAUAGAUACUCCAACAUCAUCACUGAGCCAAUGGAUCAGGGUGCUUCACAAGCCAUGCUUUAUGCAACCGGUUUCAAGAAGGAUGAUUUCAGUAAGGCACAGGUCGGAGUGGGAUCUUGUUGGUGGUCUGGUAACCCAUGUAAUAUGCAUCUUUUAGAUCUCAAUAACAGAUGUUCGCUGUCUGUCGAAAAGGCUGGCUUGAAAGCCAUGCAAUUCAACAGUAUCGGUGUGUCCGAUGGUAUUUCUAUGGGCACUAAGGGUAUGAGAUAUUCUCUGCAAAGUAGAGAGAUUAUUGCCGACUCUUUUGAGACCAUCAUGAUGGCACAGCAUUACGAUGCCAACAUUGCUAUCCCAUCGUGUGAUAAGAACAUGCCCGGUGUCAUGAUGGCUAUGGGUCGUCACAACAGACCUUCCAUUAUGGUCUACGGUGGUACCAUCUUACCUGGUCAUCCAACCUGCGGAUCCUCCAAGAUUCCAGAGAAUAUCGACCUCGUCUCAGCUUUCCAAUCCUAUGGCCAAUACAUCUCUAAACAAUUUACUGAGCAAGAAAGAGAAGAUGUUGUGGAACACGCCUGUCCAGGCCCAGGUUCCUGCGGUGGUAUGUACACCGCCAAUACUAUGGCUUCAGUAGCUGAAGUGUUGGGUAUCACGCUGCCAAACUCCUCCGCGUUCCCAGCCGUCUCAGACCAGAAGUUGGCUGAGUGUGACAACAUUGGUGAAAGCAUUAAAAAGACCAUGGAACUAGGAAUCCUUCCACGCGAUGUCUUUACCAAGGAAGCAUUCGAAAACGCCAUCACCUACGUUAUUGCUACCGGUGGUUCCACCAACGCGGUGUUGCACUUGGUCGCCAUUGCCCAUUCCGCCGGUGUCAAGAUUACGCCUGACGACUUCCAGCGAAUCAGUGAUAAGACUCCGCUAAUUGGUGAUUUCAAGCCAUCUGGUAAAUAUGUCAUGGCAGACCUGAUCCGGGUCGGUGGUACUCAAUCCGUGAUCAAGUAUCUGUUCGACAAUGGCUUCCUAAACGGUAACACCAUCACCAUCACCGGUGACACUCUAGCCGAGCGUGCAGCCAAGGCAGCUCCGCUUCCCGAAGGUCAAGACAUUAUCAAACCGGUUUCCCAGCCUAUCAAAUCCAGCGGCCACUUGCAAAUCCUGUACGGGUCUCUAGCACCAGGCGGUGCUGUUGGUAAGAUUACCGGCAAAGAAGGAACUUUCUUCAAGGGUAAGGCUCGUGUCUUUGAAGAAGAGAACGCUUUUAUCCAUGCGUUGGAGAAAGGCGAGAUCAAAAAAGGUGAAAAGACUGUCGUCAUUAUCAGAUAUGAAGGUCCAAGGGGUGGUCCAGGUAUGCCAGAAAUGUUGAAGCCUUCGUCCGCUCUCAUGGGCUACGGUCUAGGUAAGGACGUCGCUCUCUUGACAGAUGGCAGAUUUUCCGGUGGUUCCCACGGUUUCCUCAUUGGCCACAUCGUCCCAGAGGCUGCCGAGGGUGGACCGAUCGGUCUAGUCAAAGACGGAGACGAAAUCGUCAUUGAUGCCGAUAACAACAAGAUCGACCUACUGGUUUCCGACCAAGAACUUUCGGACCGUAGGGCACAGUGGACUGCUCCUCCUCCACGUUACACCAGAGGUACCCUUUCCAAGUACACCAAGCUGGUCGCCAACGCCUCUCAAGGAUGUGUCACUGACGCAUGA